AUGUCGUUGAAGGAGGUGUGCCGUAGCGCAUGCAUUGCAUGGGGGCCGCCCUCGGGCGGCUCAGCCCAUGCCAAAUGGAUGGCUGCGUCCGACGACACUUCGUCAGGUCCAUCCUCUCACCAGCUGUAUUUGGCGUUGGGGACUAUGGGCCUGGAUCCUCACCUGGAACUGGCGGCAGUGGACUUCGCGUCUUCCUCUUCCGCUCUCCCCGUCGUCGCGUCCGUUUCCGCGGCUUCGCCUUUCCAGUGCAUCGCCUGGGACAGCAGUGGGCAGAACAAGGCGGCUGGAGGGGAGCAAGGAAGCGGAGCGAGCGUGGGCGAUCGCGUCUUUGGCCUUAUCGCGGGCGGCAUGGCGGACGGAGACGUCACGCUCUGGGAUGCUGAAGUCAUCUUGCGCGCGGGCGCGUCUUCGGGGGCAGAGUCCUCCUCGUUCGGGAACGGCGCCUCGACCAACGGCGCGGCGGCGGGGGGUUCGGCUGGGCUUCUCGCUUCGGUGUCGGUUCACCGGAAUCAGCGGGUUCACUGCAUCCACUUCAAUCCGUCGCGUCCGUCGCUUCUGGCGGCCGGAGGCAGCAGCGGGAGCGUGUCGAUUCUCGACGUGGAAAACGUGUACGACGUCGCGGUCUACGAGCCCGGCGGGGAACAGCAAGGCGUCAACAGCGGAAGUUCAGGCGACGAAUGCACAUCGCUCGCGUGGAACCGCGUCGUGCCUCACGUGCUGGCGACCUCGUUCGGUUCGGGCUCGACGUCCGUAUGGGAUCUGAAGCAGCGGAAAACCGCCAUCAGCUUCUGCGACCCGACGCACCGACAGUGCCGGCCGAGCUCGAUCGUGUGGCUGCCGAAUCAAGCCACGCAGCUUCUGCUUGCGUAUGACGACGACAGGCACCCCGUGCUUCAGCUCUGGGAUCUGCGAAAUUCGUCCUACCCCCUCCGUGAGACUGCCUCAGACGGCGUCUACGGACAUACGCGCGGCAUCGUCCACGCAGCCCUUAACCCCAUGGACAGCCGCAUGCUGCUGACGAGCGGCCGCGACAACCGAAUCGUGUGCUGGUGGCUUGAGGAAGACGCGUUCCACACGCAGGGCCACGCGAGCCAGGGCGGGGCGAGCAGCGGUUUCGGCGUGUAUAUGCAGCAGCAGACGCAGCAGCCGUACGUCCAGCUCCAGUGGGCUCCUUCCUCGACGCCCGGCGUCUUCGCCGCGGCCGCGCCGAUCCGCGUGUGCAUCAAAGGCCUCGGCAGCGGCGGCUUUGGCGGCUUCGGCGAGGAGAUCGCCUUCUUUGGGCCAAACAGUACCUCUGUGGUUUGCGCGGCGCUGGGAGCGCCUCCUCCCUCAGUGGCCUCGACGAGUGGGUCGGAGGGAGACGCGGUGGGGCCGAGCGAUGAGGAACGCGAUCUGCGUGCGCGGCAGGAGGAGUGGAAGGCUGAGGAGAACGCCUUCCAGCAGGAGGCCCUCGCCCUCGACGCCCAUCUGCAGCGCGGAGACUGGCAACAGGCCUGUGAAGAGGAGCUGCAGCGACUCGGCGUCGACCCGACGGCACCUCCGGGGGACGCCCCGGGGACGGACCCCGAAAAAAGAAUGAACGAGAAAGUCUGGAAGCUCCUCGCAAGGCUCUUCCAGCAGCCGCGCUCGUCUGCGCUGGUGGAGGCGUUCACGAUGCCGAAGUCGGAGGUGGCGGCGCGCGUGGAAGCUUUCCUGGGCCGCCCUCUGCCGUCGACUCUGAAGAAAAGACAGGAAGCCGCGCACGGACAGGCGCCUCCUGUCGGCGCCAGCAUGCCCGCCCAGCUCAACGCCGGCACGGCGUUCUUCGGAGCUCCUCAGGUCAACGGCGUCGGCCCGCAGCCCCCCGCCUUCCACCAGGAGGAAGUCGACCCAGAGAAGUUUUUCUCGCAGCUCGGCUCGUCCAGCGAAGAGGAGAAGAGACCGCAUCAGGCGGUUGAGCCGAACAGCGAGAGUGGAGAGGGGGCAAGCGAGGGACAGCUCUCUGCUGGCCAGCCCCCCGCGGCGGAGGCGGCGGAGGCGCCAAAACCUUCGGAGGACGAACAAGGGAAGGCGCCGAGCCCGACGCCGCCGGCUUACCGCCUGGGAUCCUCGCACACCGGCCCCAUCGAUUGGAGCUCCGAGGUUGGCUCGCUCGUGCGCGCCUGCCUGCUGUGCGGCUGCCUGGAGGGCGCCGUGGAGCUGCUGCAGAGUUACGGGAGCGAAGCAGACGCGCUCCUUCUGGCGGGGGCAGCCUCCGGCGCGGGGUGCGGCGGCGGCCAGGCUGCGCGGGGGACGACGACCAGCGUGGCGGCUGCGGCGGGCGCCGAGGGGGCGGCGCUGUGGACUUCGGCGUGCCAGGCCUACAUUGAGAAGAUGCAGGAUCCGUUCAUGAAGCUCGUUGGCUACGUGAUUCUCGAGGACUUCCCCGGGCUCAUCGCGGCGGUGUCGUCCUCCGCGCCCGCCACGCGCGGCGCGGAGACCUGGCGCGACGCCCUAGCGCUCCUCUACUGUUACGCGCCUGAUGGGGGCCAACUCGCCAGUCUCUGUCGCCAGCUGGGCGACCGCUUGAGCGCAGACGGCGAGAACGUCUUCGGUGCCUUGUUCUGCUACUUUUGUGCCGGAGACUUUGCGGGCGCUUGCCGAAUCUGGAGACACGACCUGCAGCUCCGCCUUGAGAAGAAAGACGUCUCCUCUGCGGCAGACGGGAAGCAAACCAAGAGCCGCAGCGCGUGGCUCGGCUACUACCUCCUCGCUACCGUGAAGCGCAUGCUCAUCUUGAGAGCUGCGCUGCGCUACGAGCAGCCGUGCGCCGAAUUCGAGGAAAUCGCCGUCGCCUACGCCUCCUCCCUCGCGUCCGACGCGACGCUUGCCGUCCCCGCCAUGCGUCUCCUUGUCUUCGCGUGUGGGGUCGGCGCCCGUGGUGCCCAAGGCGAGCGCAAGGGCGCCGCCGGCGCAGCUGCCCCCGAGGAUCCGCAGGCGGCUGCCGCCUCUCUCGCGUUCCGGCUCUUCCACUCGCAGCCUGAACAGAUGCAGCGUCACGGUUUCUUCCCGCCUCCUUCGCCCUUCGAGGGCGCCGCCGCGGGUGCGGUCUCAGCCGCGAAGCCGCCUGCACCUGGCGUGCCCGCCGUCAGCCCGCAGAUGCCUGGUGGUGCGCCUCCUCAGGCAGGCCCCAGGGGCUUCGGCGCCUCCCAUUCGCACCGGGGAAACCUCGGUGCCUCGGAGGGGUUCGCGCCGCCGGCGAUGAUGGCGGGACAGAGGGGCCCGGUUCCCGGUGCCGGCUGCCCGCCCAGCUCGUCCAGCAGUCGCUUCUCUGCUUUCCAGCAAAAAGGCCUGGGACCUCAGGCGCCUUCACAUGGCUUCGACGGAGGCGCCAUACCGCCGACUGGAGACGCGCAGCGCCUUCCGCCAGGCGGGGUCGGCCCCUCGCCUCCCAGCGCCCCUUUCCGGCAGAUGAACGGCUACGGCGGUGCGGCGCAGCCCCCGCUGCCUCCUGCGGGGCAGGUGGCCCCGCCGUCGUCGGCGUUUGGGUCUCCGCUGUCACCGCCUUUGUCUCUUGCCCCCGCGCUGUCCACGCCGAAGCCUCCGGCGGCUUCGCCGUCUCCUUCGCCUUUCCUUUCCGGCGGCUAUCCGUCUCAAGCCCCGCCAGCAGGGGCUGCGUCGCCCUCGCCCUCGUACCCGCCCCAGGGAGCGUACCCCCCGCCCGCGCAGACCCCGGCCCCCACGCCGUCCGCGGCGCGCCCGACCCCCCCGCAGGGCCCCAUGCCAUCGGCGCACGGGGUGUCUCCCUUGGGCGCAGGGGCCCCCGCGCCUUCCACCGGCGCGGCCCUCGCCCGCAUGCACCCGGCGUCUGCCGCGUCCGCGUCGCCGCCUCCUCACCAAAUGACGCUCCCGCAAGGACCCCCUCGCGGAGCGUUUCCGCCCUCUGCGGCGGGCGUGCAGCCCGGCAGGAUGCCUUCGCAGGGCGGGGCGACUCCUUGCGGGGCUGAAGACCCGACAGGCUCCCAGGGAUCCCUGGGCAUGCCCGGGGUUCAGCCGCCGUCGCCCUACCAGCCGUCCCCACCCGUGGGAGGCGUGGGCGCGGGCGGUGUCCCUACCCUGCAGCAGCAGCAAGCUGAAGAGAAGCCGGUGGCUGCGUACUCCGCGCCGACGGUCGGCGCCCAGCCCAUCAAGCCCGGCAUGCCGGUCCCCUGGCCCAUUCCGACGUCUGCACAACUGAACUCGCGAGCGACAAAAAGCACCUACGCGGCCAACGUGAACAUCCACAAGGCCACGGAGAAACCCGACGGCGCGGGGACGCCCUCUCCGCCCAUGCCGGCUGAGAAGCAGGCGUACAUCCAGCGCGUCAUUUCUCAGCUUUUACAACUCCAGACAGGCGCUGCAGCCAACGACUUGAGCCAGAAGAUGGAAGAGCUCUUUAGCAAGAUGCGCGCCGGCGAGCUGAGCGCCUCAGGUGGUCAGCGGCUGCUGCAGCUGUGCGAACUCCUUGAGCAGCAGCAGUACGUUCAGGCGCAGAAAGUCCACGCGGAGCUCUCCUCGACCGAAUGGGCCGCUGGUAACAAGGCAUGGCUGAUGGGUUUGAAGCGCCUGCUGCCGAAGCCGUGA